AAUUAAAAUAUCCAACAAUAAAUAAAACCAUUUUCCUUCUUAGGCAACAAGAUUUCCUCAUAUUCUAUAUAUGAUACAAUUGUUAAGGUGGCUAUUGAAGCCUAAACUCUAUUCAAAAUGUUUAUAUUACGUGAAGUGUAUAAAGACGCGGUUAGAAACAUUACAAAAGAAGAGAAGAUUUGUUCAUAAAUUUACGAAGAGUGACAUCGCAGAAUUUCUUAGGAGAGGACGUGAUUAUGAUGCAUAUAAAAGGGCCGAAUGGCUUCUUUUCGAAGAAAGAAUGUUAUCAUGUUAUGAAUUUAUCGAGAAGUUUAUUGAAUCCAUAUCAGAUCAUCUUGAAGAUUUAAUCAAGCAAAGUGAUUGUCCUGAGGAAUGCAAGGAAGCUAUACCGUCGUUGAUGUACGCCGCAGCAAGAAUUUCUGAUUUACCGGAAUUGCGUGAUCUUAGGACUGUGUUUAAAGAAAAAUAUGAUAAUUCUCUUGAACCAUACAUAAAUAAAGAGUUUGUUGAGAAAUUGAGAAGAGAUCCUCCUACAAGAGAAAUGAAGAUUAAGUUAUUACAUGAUAUAGCUCAAGAAUUCUCUAUUAAGUGGAAUGCGAAGGGUCUCAAGAAAAUACUAUAUACAUAUCCAUCGUUAUAUGAUGAGAAAUCUGGCGGAGAAGAAUAUAAAUACGAAAGUGAUGAAUUCGAUGCAUCCAAAGAAAAUGAAGCAAGCCAUCAAUAUAGUAGUGAUGAUGAAACAACAAGCACAGACACGUCAUCAACCCAUCAUCAUGGAAGAAAAUCUAGUUCAAGUUCAUUUGGAAGUGUUUCUGAAGAUGAUGAACAAAAAGUAGAAGAAGGAAUCAAGAAACCAAGAUCCUUUUUGCUAAUUCCACCCCCUUAUCAGAUCAAACAAAAAACUAACAGCAAUUCCAACAAAAUAAUGGAUUCUGAAGUACUUGAGAGAAAUGCUGUUUCUAGUGAAAUGAAAACGGCAACUUCUGUGGACAUAACAUCGUCGUCAAAAGGGAAUGCACAAAGGUGGAGUGAUGCAUGGCGUGUGCCUUCUACUGUACCUGAUUAUGAUGAAUUCAUUGCUCGUUUUAAGGCUUUAACAGGAAGGUCAUAGAAAUUUAUUAUGAUUAUUGUUUAGUUAUAGUGGACUUGAUUAAUCAAUCUUAUGUAUUUAACAUAUGAAUUUGAAUUUCAAGAUUAGAAGAUAAAUAUGAUACAAUACAAAAUUUAAUUUUAAUAUACAGUUACCAUAAAUAAUUGAACAUU